AUGUUGGCGACAGGCUGGAAAAUAACUCCGCUGUUUGUCGGGUUUUGCGUGGUCAUAAUUUUCAAGGCCGGUGAUUCUUCUCCCAACGGGCCGUAUGAUUUAUCUAAGCUUCUACAACGAGCAACAAACUAUUUCAUCUACGAAGGCACAUUUAAGGAAGAUAAAAUCAUACCGGGAAACCCUCUACCUACAUGCGGAAGAUGGUUCAUAGUAACUGAUGCUCUGGACGCGAAGAGGCUGUAUGAACCCAGCCAACAGGAAUAUGCGGUCGAGAAAAAAGUUCAACUGGUACUUGAAGGAGAGCCAGGAUCUUCUGUGAAAAGCUCAAUGAAAGUUAAUAAUUACGAUGGAUCCCAAAGUAAGGCAUGGCAUUUACUACCAUAG